AUGGAGUUUGAUAAGGAGAAGGUCCCACCUUAUCCAGAAGUUAAGUGUAAAAUAGAGAAAAAAAGAAAAAGAAGAGGCUCUUGUUCUCUGCGUAUCUGCUUUCUAAUCCCAAACAACUCUCCUUCCGCCACGGAAUGGGGAGACAUGACUCUCACUGCCGCUAUUUCUUCUUCUCUCGCCGCUUCUUCUCUUUCUUCCGCCGCCGGAAUAUUCCUCCGCCCCAAUAAAUCCACACCCGCCACCACCCUCCAUCAUCAUCACCAUCACUCUUUCCUAUUGCGAGUUGCAAAUGACGCUGAUAGGGGUGAAGUGUCAACUGAUACCGCAACCAAGGCGUCAUUUUCGGAAGCUGAUAAGAUGGUUGAUGGUAUGGACUUUGGUGAGCUUUGCAAUGAGUUUGAGUGCAUCAGCAGCCCCUUGGUAGAAUCUACCGCAAGACAACUUGCACGCGAUAUACUUGAACAAAGGGAGGGAAAUCGAGCACUUGGAAUCUUUGCCGUUUCUGUCACAUACAAGGAUCCCAUCAGAAGUUUUACUGGUCGUGAGAAGUAUAAAAGACCACUAUGGGCUACUGGUGCACUAGAUAAACCAUCAGUGACUGUGCAGGAUAUGGUGAUGCUGUCAACCAGUGUUUUAAGUAUCAAGUGGACAAUAAGAGGGAAGCCAAAAACUGUUAUUGGAGGGUUAGGAGAAGAUUUAAUACUUAGAGUUACUUCCAAGUUUACUCUUAACCAAAUUAGUGGUCAAGUCGUUGAGCAUGAAGAGUUUUGGGACUUAUCAGCUUCAUCAGCUAGUGCUCAGACAUUUUUCUGGACAUCACGUGGUCUCUUUACUGUUAUUGAAUCUGUCAAAGAUCUGGCUGACAAUGCUAAGAAUUUGAGUGGUAAAAUUUCAACCAAAAAAGAGAACUUGGAGAUGUAUCCUGAUCCUUCAGGUGAUCCAACCAAGUUCUUCCAGAGGGACGAUAGUCUUCAACAGGAUGCAUACCAGAUUGCACUAUUCCUGGCAGUUCUUUAUUUGGUGGUACAAUUUCUAAGGACAACUUUGUAG